AUGCAGCCGGCCAACUCGGUGGCCGUCUGGGAAAGCCGCAUCAAGCGCACGUUGGCCGACUCGCGACUGCUCGAGAAUGAGGCGCGCCAACUGCUCACUGCCAGCGGCCACGAGAGAAGCUACCUCCUCGACGGAGCCGUCCGCGACAGGUCGCCGCAGGAGGACGUGUUACGGGAGGCGGAGGUGCUGGACGAAUCGCUGAGCAUGGUGGAGCAAGCCAUUCUGUCGGGACGCGAAAGUGCCCGACGGCUGCACGGCCAAAACCGGACGCUCAAAAGUGCCCAUCGGCGUGUUCGGAGUGCACUACAGUCCGCCGGCGUCUCGCUGGGCGUCAUCAACGCCGUCGAGCGCCGCAUCGGCCUCGACCGCGCCCUCGUGGCCGUGGGCAUGUUCGUCACUCUGCUCGCCAUCUACCUCUUCUUCUGCUGGUGGAAGACACUCAGCCCUUUAUGGUUUGUGCAGCUCAUCCACAACAAAUCCUAG